AUGCAAGUAUCUCCAGCUCGCAAGUUUUACCCUCGCGCGUGGGAAAACCGGCUUCCCGUUUCGCAUCCGGAUAUCAGGGCCAUUCGGGGCAAGUUCUUCAGAGCAGCCUUGAUCAAUUUUUGGCUGAUUCUACUUUUAUUUUUCGGCCUCUUUUGCUAUUUGUUUGCAUCUCUGUACCACGAGGGACGUCGGACACACAACCUGAACGUUCUUUGGGUCGAUUUCGACGGUGGUGUCAUUGGCGAAGCCGUGCGCAAUGCGUACCAGAAACUGAAAUCAGAUGGCUUUCCCAACUUGAUCGAGAGAUCAACCCGCGAUUUUCCUUUGGAAAAAGACGUCAAGAAAGCUGUUUGCAAGACUGACUACUGGGCUGCACUGUACACGUCUCCCGGGGCCUCCGGACGGCUUAGUCUAGCCAUCUCCGGAGUCAACGCAUCGCGAUACAAUGCAUCGGACGCGCUCUCCUUUAUUUGGAACGAGGCCAAGUAUCCCACCAUUGUGGAUAGCCUUAUUUCUAGUAAUCUCCAUACACUCGCUGACGCUGCCCGAGUGGCUUAUGUGGCGCUCAAUGGCAGCUGGGCCCUAUCGACUCUCCCUCCCAAUAAUGGCCCUGCUCUAUCUGCUUUUGCCAAUCCAUGGACUCUAUCAUCCGUUGACAUAAAACCGACGGCACAAGGCACUCGAACGGUUUAUAACACAAUCGUCAUUGUACUGGUUCUGAUCCAAGAUUUCUUCUUCCUUGCCACACUUAAUGCACUCUACGGCGAGUUUAAAGUCUACAUGAGAAUAUCUCCCCUACGAAUCAUUCUGGUCCGUGAUAUCAUCUCCAUCUUAUUCACCAUGCUCGGGUCGCUGCUCCUUACUUGUGCCAUCUGGGCCUUUAGGGAUGGAUGGAGCGUGUCAGGCUCUCAGUUUGCUCUGACCUGGUUGAUCCUAUGGCUUUUUGCCCACGUCAACUUCCUGAUGCUAGAUAUCUUCACGAUAUGGCUACCGGUGCAAUUCGUCCCUAUGGCGCUUAUCACUUGGGUCGUGAUUAACGUCACCUCGAUUAUACUACCCUUUGCCCUUUCACCUUCAUUCUAUUACUGGGGAUAUGCCCUGCCUGCCCAUAAUGUUUAUGAGGCGCUCAUAGAUAUUUGGUCAAGCGGCUGCAACCCGCAUCUGCAUCGCGCUCUGCCAAUACUAUUCGCCUAUGAAGUAAAUGGCAUUUUCUGGACGGCUCUAGGCGUCUACAAGCGCUGCCAUGGCGCCGUCAUUAUAGAAGAGACAAACAAGGAGGCUAUGCGGAUGCGCAUAGAGACGGCACUUCGGAUCGAACGCGAGGGCGAGGAGCACCGUUUGGGAGAAGAGCGUAGUGAAAAGAGCGCCCAGGAUGACGAAGCUGGAACGUCCUCUGCCGCAGACCGACAGAUUGGUAAUAUGGAGGAGGAGUCGCCUUCACGCAGGCGCGCAGGGGAUGACCGGGCACAGAUUGAGAAUGACCUUGAGGACGUCACUAGUCGCAUUGAAAGGAUGGAGACACGGGCAAGGCGAAUGGCUGACACAGGGCCCAGCUUCUAUCUCGUGGGCUCGAGAAGUGAAUGA